CGGCGUAGGGGAGUGGUGGUGGGGCGGAGUGGCGGGGGUGGGAGGAGUCGUAAAAGAGGCAACCAUCGAGAAGAAACCAGGGCAAGAGCGGCUCCGUUUCCGGGUUUUUUUUCUGGCGCUCCCCAUAGGGCAGUAGGAAACGUAGCAAGCGCUUCUACUGCUGAUAGUAUCCCAAAAGUCCUAUCAUCUUAUGGAGGUCAUUCCUCAGCUCGUAAGAGUUGACAUCUGACCUUCCCAAGAGGGGAGGGCAGCGUCUACCUACCUAGAACUGCGUGCAUUACUUGGUAUAAUGUUGCUGUCAUUUCCUUUUAGUACCUCCAGCUGCAGCAAGACCUCCCUAGACAAUGGCAUCUGCAGCCAGACGCCUGCACCUCUGCACUGCAUUGCAGCCGCUUCUAGGAUUGUUUCCCCUGCAGUUAUUCAACGUCUCCUAGUGUGUGGAAACCUGUGUCGUAGAGACAGCUCAUGCAUCCCCUUCGAAUUUCUGGACCAUCCUACACCUGGCCAUUUCAUAGCAUGUCGCAUAGCAAUAGUGACUGUUGUGAAGACUUUAUACUCUCUUGGGAGAAAGAAGAGAACACUGGCAAUUACUGACUAAUUUGAAGACUACCGUGGAGGGUUUGGUGUCAUCCAACAAUCCUAAUGUCUGGUCCAAAUAUGGAGGCUUGGAGCGACUUUGCAGAGAUAUGAAGGGCAUCCUUUACCAUGGGCUCAUCCAUGACCAGGUAUGCUGCCAACAGAAUGAUUACUGGCAAUUUGUGAAGGACAUUCGGUGGCUCAGCCCUCAUUCGGCCCUUCAUGUGGAGAAGUUUAUCAGCCUGUAUGAGAACGGCCAGCCGAGCCCAAACGGUGUGAGGGACCAGGCCAUUGCAGAGCUGUGGCUGCAGCACAGCCUGCAGUUCCACUGCUUGUCUGCUCAGCUGCGGCCCUUGCUGGAAGACAGACAGUACAUCAGGAAAUUCUACACAGAUGCUGCUUUCCUGCUGAGCAGCGCUCACGUCGCAGCCAUGCUGCAGUGCCUGGAGGCAGUGGAGCAGAAUAAUCCUCGGCUCCUGGCUCAGAUCGAUGCCUCCAUGUUUGCCAGGAAGCACGAGACCCCCCUGCUGAUGACCAAAAGCCAGAGUCUGACAGCAUUGCCUGGCUCAUCCAGCACCCCUCCUGCCAAGUAUACCCAGCAAUGUUACUUCGGCUCCUUCUCUGGCCCCUACCAGUCUACCCCUAUCGCCAUUACAGACAGAAGACCCACUUCCUUCUCCCUCUCUGGCCCUCCACGGAAACCUCAAGAAAGCAAAGAGCCAGUGGCCCUGGCAGGGGACCAGUCCUUGCAGGGCUGGCCUUCUCCUGUAGCCUCCGCAUCGGCCAGGGAUUCGCUGCCCUCCUCAAACGACAUGAGCUCUAGUGUCCUGACCAGCCCCAGUGAGGAGCCUUGGACCGGCAGCCAGGACGACCCCCAAAGCGAUGUCAACGACGGGCCCGAGUACUUAGCCAUUGGCAACUUGGGCAGUCGAGCCCGCGCCGCCAGCUGUCAGAGUAACAGCAGCAACUCCAAGAGUAGCAGCUCUAACUUAUUCUCUUCCAGCAGCUCCCAGAAAGCCAAUUCUCGGGCCUCCUCUGUGGGUGAGCAAGAGGGAGUUGGUCAGGACCAGGUGCUGGGGGUCCUGCGGAGGUCCAGCUUUUCAGAGGGCCAAACGCUGGCUGUCUCUGGUGGAGCCAAGAAGAGCCAUACCCGUUCACACUCUGACACCAACCUAACUUCUAGGAAAGUCCAAGAAGGCCUCAGGAAUAUCGCUGUUAUAGUUGAAGAUCCCAUUGCAGAAUCCAGAAAUGAUAGCUCAAAGCUGAACGCACCUAUCUCCUCCUCUGGGCGAAACAGGGAAGGCAGCACCCCCAGCUCUGUGGACAUGGAGUAUGAUAGUAAUCAGUACCUAUGCUCGGGGGAAGGCAUGUUCCGAAGACCUUCAGAAGGACAGUCCCUCAUCAGCUACCUGUCCGAACAGGAUUUUGGUAGCUGUGCAGACCUGGAGAAGGAAAAUGCCCACUUUAGCAUCUCAGAGUCCCUGAUUGCUGCCAUUGAACUAAUGAAGUGCAACAUGAUGAACCAGCACCUAGACGAGGAAGAAGAGGAUGACAGUGAUAAAGAGAUCCAAGAGCUAAAACAGAAAAUCCGUCUUCGGCGGCAGCAGAUCCGUACCAAGAACUUUCUCCCUGCCUACCAGGAGACCGAGCAUGGAAGCUUUCUGGUCACUUCCAGUGGCUCCCAGUUCAGCUCACGUGAUUCAGCACGACUUUCUGACUCUGGCUCCACUGAUGAAGUCGAUGAAUUUGAGAUCCAAGAUGGUAGUGAUGGGUCUAACCUGAUUCAUACGUCAAAGAACGGACUGUCAGUGUCCAUGGCUUCAUUGUUUUCAGAUGCUGACAUCAGGAGGAGCACAAACUCCAGCAACAGAUCCCACCUUUCUUCAGAGUCCUUCUCGCACUGUUUUCUGCAUUCCACCUCGGCUGAGGCAGUGGCCAUGGGGCUUCUGAAGCAGUUUGAAGGGAUGCAGCUGCCAGCAGCCUCAGAGUUCGAGUGGUUGGUUCCUGAGCAUGAUGCCCCCCAGAAGCUCCUGCCCAUCCCUGAUUCGUUGCCUAUCUCGCCGGAUGAUGGGCAGCAUGCUGACAUCUACAAGCUACGCAUCAGAGUUCGAGGGAACCUGGAGUGGGCCCCGCCCCGUCCCCAGAUCAUCUUUAAUAUCCAUCCUGCCCCCACGAGAAAGAUAGCUGUGGCCAAGCAGAAUUACCGCUGUGCAGGGUGCGGCAUCAGAACAGACCCUGACUAUAUCAAGCGGCUUCGGUACUGUGAAUAUCUGGGCAAGUACUUCUGCCAGUGCUGCCAUGGAAAUGCCCAGGUGGUCAUCCCUAGUCGCAUCCUGCGCAAAUGGGACUUUAGCAAGUACUACGUCAGCAACUUCUCGAAGGACCUGCUUACCAAGAUUUGGAACGAUCCGCUCUUCAAUGUGCAGGACAUCAACAGUGCCCUCUAUAGGAAGGUCAAGCUGCUUAAUCAAGUUCGGCUGUUGCGGAUCCAGCUGUACCACAUGAAGAAUAUGUUCAAGACUUGCCGGCUAGCAAAAGACCUCCUGGAUGCCUUUGACACGGUGCCAGGCCACUUGACAGAAGAUCUGCACCUGUACUCCCUCAAUGAUUUGACUGCCACCAAGAAAGGGGAGCUGGCACCUCAGCUUGCGGAGCUCGCCAGAGCAGGCACCGCACAUGUACAGCACUGCAUGCUCUGCCAAGCCAAGGGCUUCAUCUGUGAGUUUUGUCAGAAUGAGGAGGACAUCAUUUUUCCAUUUGAACUGCAUAAGUGCCGGACCUGCGAAGAGUGUAAAGCGUGUUACCACAAGGCCUGCUUCAAGUCUGGGAGCUGCCCCAAGUGCAUGAGGCUGCAAGCGCGGAGGGAAAUGCUGGCCAAGCAGAGCCUCGAGUCCUGUGUGUCUGACUGUGAGGAGGAGCCGGCCGAGGCUGUGGCCCUGGAGGCCACCUGAAGGAUGGCGGGGGUCACGUGACACCCCAAACUGAGCCAGCCGGUGCCCUUCCCCCUGCCCCAACCCACCUGCUCUCCUGGGGUUUUUUAACUUUAUUUUUUAUAACAAUAUGAACCCCUCCUCUAGGCACCUUUCCUGGUGUGGGCCAGGUUCCUAGGCUCCCUGCUUUCCAGUCUGCUAAGGAAGAGGAUUUGUUGGGAACCAAAAAUUUCUACCAGGACUGGAAGUGGUCAAGAACUGCUGGACCUGACUUUGUUUGCCACCUUCUGGUCCUUCAGGGCCAGCCUGCCCUUCCUGAUUAUUGCCUCGUAUCCUCAGUACUCAUACCACUCUUCUCUUGUUGGUACUAGCGCUUCUGAACCAAGGUUCCCCCAAGUCCCUCACAGAACCUGCUUGCUUCUCCUUUCCUGCUAAAACAGGAAAUGUUUGUUUUGUUUUGUUUUCUGUCCGUCUCUCCAGCCAUGGAACUGAGUUAGAUUAUAACCUCCCUGAGGAGGAGCCGCGUCCUGGGCCCACAGCACCUUCUGCAACUUCUCAGGCAAAGGAAACGUCCACAGGGCCUGGUGUGGUGGGGCUGGUGCGGGGGGAGGGACAGGGCAGCCCUCUGACAACAGCCCCUGUGGCUCCCCGGCCACAGCAGGUCUGACCCAGGCUGCAGCUCACGGCCUGCUGGAAGAGGGGAGUCUGUGAGGGGCGUUCGAUGCGUGUGCGUCCUGGCCCUCGUUGCUGUUCAAGUUCUAACACGUAGCUGUUUGAGCUUCGUGGUACAGGGAGACUCUUUAGCAGGCAAGCAGCUUCCCAAAUGUCACCAUAAAUUGAGGGCAGAAAUCCUUCUGCCUCCUUUAAGGAUUGUCCCACUGAUAGGCCUCCGGUCAUUGGUGGCUGGAGGUAAGCCAAGCCCAGAGCUCUCCUUCCUGUUUGCAUCCAGCCCCUCCCCGUGCCCUGUCAGUCAUUCCUUUGGUGGGGGUACUCUGCCCCAGCUGAGGCCGUGCCCAGCUGUGAGCUUCUCUGUGUACAAGUCAGCCAUUGCCAGUUAUGCACUUAGAAAUCCUUUAUCUAGCCUGGUGACGCUUAAUUAUCCAGUUGUCCUUUAUGUUUUAAAUUAUUUUUUUUGUUUUAGUACUUUGGGGAAAAGUUCUCAGUUUGGAAAUGUCUGCAUUUGUGGAGGGUCUGGGGUUACUUUCCUGUUGAUGUCUAUGUCCCCACCAUAAGUAAAAACAAUAGCCGCAGACUUUGAGGAUUGCUGCUUUAUGGACUUCCGUUGGGCACUUUUGUCGGCACGUUCCCGUCCUCCUGCUGUGGCCUGUGUCUGACGUGGGCAAUGUUGCCCGCUAGAAACUGAAAGUUGUGCGUUUUCAAUGGAGGCUGAUAGAAUGAAGGAGGCUUGAGCAGAAUAGAAGAGAGUCCUGGUGGAAGAAAAAGCCUGGGAUGAGCAUGACCACAUGGAGUGAGGUAAGUACAAGGGCUAAAGAGCAUCCUCCGCUUGGCUGGAAGACCCUAGUGCCGGCCUUUGGUUGUCCAGCCUUGGCCCUGCUCUUGCCACCCUGCCAACUCCCAGCAGCUGCGGGUGAGCCUGAAAAGCUGCAGGGAUGGGACUACAGGCCUGCGGGUUUGGAACGGGCCCCCGGACCAGCCUUCCGUAGUCUCAGUCCCUGCGCCGAGGGAGAACGUCCUGUCUCGCUGCCCGGAUUCCAGUGGGAAGUGUUACUCCAAAGCCUGACCAGGGGAGCUUGCUGUUUUCUCACUCUUUCAUUCCCUUCACCUCAUUCCAAAUGGUUAAUCUGGGUUAGUAGUUGUCCAAUCCCUGUCCAAGCACUGUCUCAGGGCCCCUGGGUUUGAGUUUGUUUCUUCGGGAGUUAGGGAUGAGGAGCAGAGAAGGCACAAAAGGGAGGAGAAUGUUGUAUGUAUGUGGGGGGGGAAUGGAAUAUGAGAAUGUUUUGAAAGCACUUUUCCAACUUUUCAGUAUCUGAUAACCAGUGUUCUGGAGAGGGGGGAUUUCUAUGCACUGAUUUAAUUUGGGAGUAGAAUAAAGGAGGCACUGAAGAAAGAUUCUUCUUCUGUAUGGAGUAUGGAGUUGGAACUAAGUAUAUAUUUUCUGUAAGUGAAGGAAAAGACUGCUUACAAAAGUGGGGACAAGAUUCAAGACAUGGCAGAGGGGUGGAAAAUAAAUAUUCUACACCAAUGAGGCUAUUCUUGAUUUUCUCCAUCAAGCUAUUAAGAGUCUGUUGUAAUAAAUAAUGUUGUGAUUAAACUGUUGAAUGUAAAUAAAGAUGGUCCAUCUGUAUGUCAUAAAGUACAUUGUAUUCUGAGCUGGAUUUUUGCUUGCUGUUUUGUAACUUCUUACACAGCCUAACAAUCCACUGUCACCUUUAAUAAACUAAGGAAAUGAAA